CGUGGGAAUGGAAACAUCUACCCCACGUGCCGGAAGCCAGCUAGUGCCGACGGCGGCGCGCCACUCCGCGUCGUACCGAACCGAGCACCUACGGCUGUCAUCGCGAGACAAGCUCGCUGAAAUGGCCGCAACCAGUCAAGGAAACUUUGAGGGAAAUUUUGAGUCACUGGACCUUGCAGAACUUGCUAAAAAGCAGCCGUGGUGGCGCAAGCUGUUUGGGCAGGAAUCUGGGCCUUCAGCUGAAAAGUAUAGCGUGGCAACCCAGCUGUUAAUUGGAGGUGUCACUGGAUGGUGCACUGGUUUCAUAUUCCAGAAGGUUGGAAGGUUGGCCGCCACAGCUCUGGGAGGUGGAUUUUUCCUGCUGCAGCUCGCCAACCAUACCGGCUACAUCAAAGUGGAUUGGCAGCGGGUAGAGAAGGACGUGAAGAAAGCCAAGGAGCAGCUGAAGAUCCGCAACAGCAACCAGAUACCUACGGAGGUCAAAAGCAAAGCAGAGGAGGUGGUGUCGUUUGUGAAGAAGAAUGUUCUAGUGACUGGUGGAUUUUUCGGAGGCUUUCUGCUUGGUAUGGCAUCCUAAAGAGGAUGACUUCACUUCCUUAUUCCUGGCUUUUCCAGCCAGCAGCCUUUCACUCCAUCAUAGGAUAGCAAGUCUCUCCUCUUCGUCCUCUUCUCCCUCUUCUCCCAUGCCUUCCUUCCUGCCAUGGCAUAUCUGAAUGGCUUCUGUAGGCAUCUGUUGGUACAAGUGGAUAACAGCCCCACCAUGACCUUGACGGCAACGGAAGAGACAGUGGACAUUGACCCUUCUCCCAGCACAGUCCCCCUUGACUAAUCUGUAGGUCAGCAGGAAUAUUCCUUUCUCCCCCUAUGUAAGAUACUUACCAGAACAUGGUACAAGGUGGCUCACCAUGGAGCGUGAGUGGAUCCUCAAAGGUUGUCCCAAACUUGAUUUGGAAAAGAAAUAAGCAUAUAAGAUACCUUACUAUGUUCUUCAUGGAAAGGAACUGAAUACAUUGGCCUUUAAGCAUGAAAGAUUUUGGUAUCUUGGUGUCUACUUUUGUAGUAGAUUUUAGGUUACAGAACGAGAACUACUUAUACUGGCUCUAAUUAUCCUGACAAAAUGGCAGCAUGUGCGCUACAGUUGAAAUAUCUGCAUACGGAUUGAACUUGUUCUAAAGAUACAUAUGCUGAGCUGAAGGUAUUGUGGGAAGGUCUUUGGGAAACCAACCAAUAGAUACAUUUAGGAUGGUCAGACUUAGUGAAUCACUUAGAGGCAUUCAGGUAUUAUCUAGGGAUGUAUUCCAUCCAUCAUACAGGAUAAUGCAUCUCAUGAUGGUUUCUAAAGGAUUUAUUUAUGGUAAAAUAAGUGACUUUAGGUGGAAGAGGGAAGAAGCUCUGGGAUUUUUGUUUAAUAGGAAAGGUUUUAAGCUUUGAAAUGUGAAAUAUUCUUUACCUCGUCAAAACAUCAGGGGUAGCCAUAGCGCCUCUGUGCCAGUUCUACUAUUUAUCCAGUUGGUAUGAAAUAUAUAACGUUUGAACCAGAGUUUUCAAAUGGUGACAUUCCACACAUUAAGAAUUGAGAACAGUAGCAACAGCACAUGUGAAAUAAAUUAUUUCUAUCAUCAAAGGUAAUGUGCUGUCUCAGGAUGACCCCAACUCUUAGAAUUUCUCUUUAAAAUAAAAGUUUAUAGAUAUACCCAUGCUUAGAAACUUAACACAUUUUUCUGUAAUGGCCUUCUAUUGUACCAUCUAGGAGACCCACUGCAGGAAGGCAAGGCUUGUGUCUUCACCAUUAUAUCCAUGGAGCCAAGCACUUAAUAAGAACUCAGUAUCUGUUGAAUAUAUGAAUAAUGAGCUCAUAGAAAAGUAUCUGGAAAAGGCACUGAGCCACAGGAUUUGUGAGACUUCAUGAGUUCUGAAAAUUCAGAAAACUUGGAAUUAACUUCUUAAACUUGCAGGUGAUCCUUUGCAAAAUGUAUGUUUUUAAGGCCUUCCUUUUAAAGUGUUUGCCUUUUAACUUACCUUAGGAAUGAUGUAUUGAAUUUGGAAAUUGUAGCUACUAGUGGAUGUGUGGAAUGUUUUAGAAUUCAUCCAUUUGCAUUUUUCUCCUUAUGGUAGUAUUUUAAGGCAACAUUGUUUUGCUUGUAACAUGUAUGAAUUAUAUACAAAUCAUAAUGGUAU